AUGUAUUUUGAUUCAAAAGGGUGGGGCCAUUUUUCUUUCCCAAUUAGUAGUAACGAAACGCGUCAUACACAAUAUCGACCAGAAACUCAUCUUUCCUAUGUAAAAUGGCAUAUCCUGCGAUCGAGUCUCAAUUAUACGGGGCCAUUUUUAACAUCAUCAUCAUCAUCAUCAUCAUCGAUUCUUAUCGACAAUGAAUACAAAUCAAUGAUCGAAGAAUCUUAUGCAAUCAUUCUUCUUCUUAUUCAACUUCUACUUGCUUUAAUUUUAAUGAACAUAACAAUAAUAAGUUGGAAAAAAUAUGCAAAUUAUCAAAAACAUUAUAAAAGAAUUGAACAUCAACAGUUACGAAGUGAAAAAGAAACUCAAGGAGAACCAUAUUAUUAUGAAAUCGUUGAUAUAGUUUAA